GCUGCCAGACAGCUGCAUUCACUGCCCCCCACAACUCCUCAUUUCCCCAAAGCCAAGUUAUCAGCACUUCCCACUGCCAUCCCCCCCAAAUAUCUGACUCAGUUACUUCUUGAUCUGUAACCUCAGGCCUUGAGCAUUCCACCCGUCUUAGAAUUGUUUCGAAGUCCAAUAACCAAAUUAUAAGUCAGAGAAGGUUCAGCGAGUGGCCAAAGGGAAUGUUUACUGAGCACCUACCCUGUCUGGCACUGUGCAAUACACUUGUUUUAUAUACAUAAGAGCUAGAUAAAUAUGUGGUUUAACCUUCAUAUAGUUACAUGGCUUAUACAGUUAUAUAUAGUUUUACCUUCACCUACACUCGGAGAAUGGACACACUUGUACAACUUACCCAGAGUAGAGUCAGAACCCAGGAUUCCUCACUCAUUAAGCCCAAGACACUCUCCAUUAUGUCCACUGCCUUUGGCUAGUGUCUGUUCAGGGGUCGUCUGGUUUGGGGGCCUAAUCAUUUCUUUAGAAAGGCUUGAUUCUGUGAGAAUAAUUUAUUGGCUGUCCCUAGACACACCCGUCCUGCUUCCCCCACCCCAACCGUAUCCUUUUCCCACCCUGAACAAGGAAGGCAGUUUCCUCAAUGUUUAAAAAAAGGGGUGAUCGGUACUAGGCUGGCGAAGUGGGCGGCGCAGGAGUGGGUGUUGAUUCCUGGCUCGAGGCCUGAUAAUUGGCACGUCUUGGCUUCCUCAGGCACCAGGGCCUUUAAAAAGAUCGAGCUGAGUCAUCAGAUCAAGAAAGUCUUUCUCCUCUUUUCAACUCUAGGGUGCAGCCAUAUUCUCACACCGAAAGAAAGGAACCCCAGGGCACUCGGCACAGUAAACGUCAAGCUUGUCUUCGGCGCCGCCCACAUGGCCACACUAACCAAUCACCUCCUGACACGUCACAGACCCCACCCUCCAGCCUGCUGCUGCCUCCGCCACGCGUCGCUGACCCGGAGCUGAAAGCGCUGCGCGGCGCCGGAAUCUGGCGUCACUUCCACCACAGCGAUGGCGGCACAGGGAGCGUCUGCGGCGAUUGCGGCGGCAACUGCAGGGGUCGCGGGGGAGGGCGAGCCCGGGCCCGGGGAGAGUGCGGCGGUCGAGGGGACCGCCCCGUCACCGGGCCGGGUCUCUCCGCCGACCCCGGCGCGCGGCGAGCCGGAAGUCACCGUGGAGAUCGGAGAAACGUACCUGUGCCGGCGUCCGGAUAGCACCUGGCAUUCUGCUGAAGUGAUCCAGUCUCGAGUGAAUGAUCAGGAGGGCCGAGAGGAAUUCUAUGUACACUAUGUGGGCUUUAACCGGCGGCUAGACGAAUGGGUGGACAAGAACCGGCUGGCGCUGACCAAGACAGUGAAGGAUGCUGUGCAGAAGAACUCAGAGAAGUACCUGAGUGAGCUGGCUGAGCAGCCUGAGCGCAAGAUCACUCGCAACCAGAAGCGCAAGCAUGACGAAAUCAACCACGUGCAGAAGACCUAUGCAGAGAUGGACCCCACGACAGCAGCCUUGGAGAAGGAGCAUGAGGCGAUCACCAAGGUGAAGUACGUGGACAAGAUCCACAUCGGGAACUACGAAAUCGAUGCCUGGUACUUCUCACCAUUCCCCGAAGACUAUGGGAAGCAGCCCAAGCUCUGGCUCUGCGAGUACUGCCUCAAGUACAUGAAAUACGAGAAGAGCUACCGCUUCCACUUGGGCCAGUGUCAGUGGCGGCAGCCCCCAGGGAAGGAAAUCUAUCGCAAGAGCAACAUCUCUGUGUAUGAGGUAGACGGCAAGGACCACAAGAUUUACUGUCAGAACCUGUGUCUGCUGGCCAAGCUCUUCCUGGACCACAAGACAUUGUACUUUGAUGUGGAGCCCUUCGUCUUUUACAUCUUGACUGAGGUGGACAGGCAGGGGGCCCACAUCGUCGGCUACUUCUCUAAGGAGAAGGAGUCUCCAGAUGGGAACAAUGUGGCCUGCAUCCUGACCCUGCCUCCCUACCAGCGCCGUGGAUACGGAAAGUUCCUCAUUGCUUUCAGUUAUGAGCUAUCCAAGCUUGAGAGCACGGUAGGCUCACCUGAGAAGCCGCUGUCUGACCUGGGCAAGCUCAGCUACCGCAGCUACUGGUCUUGGGUCCUGCUGGAGAUCCUGCGAGACUUCCGGGGCACACUGUCCAUCAAGGACCUUAGCCAGAUGACCAGCAUCACCCAGAAUGACAUCAUCAGCACCCUACAGUCCCUCAACAUGGUCAAGUACUGGAAGGGCCAGCACGUGAUCUGUGUCACACCCAAGCUGGUAGAGGAACACCUCAAAAGUGCCCAGUAUAAGAAACCACCCAUCACAGUGGACUCUGUCUGCCUCAAGUGGGCACCCCCCAAGCACAAGCAAGUCAAACUCUCCAAGAAGUGAGUGGCCUCUGCCCCUGCUGCUGGACCAUGCCUCCUUGCCCCCUAGCCUGUAAAUAUGUACAGACCUGUUUCAUCAUUUUUUUAAUAAAGUAAGUUCUGCUGGUG